AGAAGCGCUCCUGACGAAAACCUGCAAUAAAUGUCAUGCAAAUGUGACUUUUUGGCUUAACGACUAAAGAAAAGGUUGAUAAAUUAUCAGAAGCAGAUAACUCUAAAAAGAGCCGCGGAGCGAUUUGGCAGAGACUCUUUGUAAAAAGCACAGCGAAAGACUGGAGAAGAAUACCUGAGCCACCAGAAAGAAGAGCCAUGAAUUUAAAUGACUUUGUGGUGCUUCCUAACAACAAGGCCAAAUCUGUCAAGCUCAAUGCCAGGAACUUGCAAGAAUUGCAAAUGGAGACCACGACUCUGGCCAGUGAGAGCAGGGAGAUAGAGGAGAAACUGCAACGGCUUAAAGACAGCAUCAGUAAAGAGAAGGCGGAAAGAGGACAUUUACAAAGGAUUAAAUGGGCAUCUGGACAAUGUGGUUCCAUGACAAGCAAUUCUCUCUCAUAUGACUCCAAGAAGGACAAAGAGAGCAAGCUCCAAAAGCUGUCAGCAGGUAAACUGAAGAUCCGAGUGCUGAAGGAUGAAGAACUGACAGCCCCGCCUCAACCACCACCUCCACUUCCUACCCAGACGGCAAGAAAAAGCAGACUGAGGGGAACAGUAUGUGGACAAUGUGAAGUCAAGACUGCUGGAAUAAUGUGUGCUGAAUGCACUGAAAACUACUGCGUUGGCUGUUUUGCCAGAUUUCACCAUAAGGGGGCACUGAAGUUCCAUAAAAUGAUUCCCAUUCAAACAGACUUACAGACCCAUGUGAGCACUCGAGAUGUUGUCAACAGCUUCAAGAAACAGACUGACCCUAGCUCCUACUAUAGCACCAGUCCUAAUCCCAAUCCUGGUACUACCCCCAGUUCCAGACAGCAAAAUGAGAGUCCAGAAAAAAGAACAGAAGCUGAGGAAAAUCCUGACUGCGGCAGGAUGUUAGUUAGGAGUCAUGGAGAGGAGAAAAAGGUGGGAAUCACUGAAGAUGAUAACAAAGGAUUUCUACCCUCACUCCUUAAAGGAGAGUACAAUGAGGAGCAGUCUGCAAGAUCUUUCCAGGAGGCGCUCAAAUUAUGGAGGGGGAAGAAUGAUGGAGUCUGGAUACCUGCCAGACCAGUAUCAGUGUCAGCUAUGGCGACCCAGACUGCCCUCCCUCCAGACAGAGAAGCUGAAGGACAAAGAAGAGGAGGGGGGGGAGAGAGGGUUCCUGUCAAGGUGGAGUUCACAAAAAACAGCCUUACCUACAUGGACAGAUUGCUGCUCAAGAAGCACCGGAGAACACCAGUUGAAAUAUACCCAUCAUCUCAGGCCGUCUCUACAGAUCAAAAAUUUCUGCCUGCUACAACCGCUGAGGAGGAGACUCCAAGCAGUAUUAAUGCUGAGGAGGAGGAUUUUCGCCACUACUGCGCAUCACUGUUUGCUGUCUCUGUCAGCAUGGGUGGGCCUGAGCCACAGGUUACUACACCUGAGUCAUGCCUCCGCAUUGAAGUCCUGGAUGAGACAAGCAGAGGCAGGAGGGGAAUCAGUGCUGCUGAAAAGAAGGCAGACAACAGCACAGAGGUCCAUACUGUUCAGUGGAUUUCACAGAAAGGAAACUUGGUGGUGCCCAAAACAGCCCUACCAAAUGAUGGAUCCUUAAGAGUCGGCCCUUCUUCGCCUGUUGCACCACUACAGUCCAGACUAGCUCAGAAGCUCAAACCAUCUAAGCCUCAGACAUCACAAGCUGGGCCCUCAGUUAAAUCAUAUCUAUCUAAAAGCAAGCUGUCAACAUGCCCCACUGCUGAGAAUCCAACAGUUUCAGAGUCGUCAAUCAAGACAUCACCUGCAAAGUCACCUCGCCAAUCUCCCCAAUCAACAGCUGACUGUGGAGCACCACAACAUAUCUCCUUGUUACCACAUUCCCAGCUUAAAACUCCCAAAUCUUCAGCUGAUGUUUCAGUUACGACUAGUAGCAGGUCGCCAAUCUCAGAAGAGCAUCUCUCCCCUCCUCCAUCCAUAUCAUUUCCCCUUAGGUCUACUUUCACAGUUUCGUCAUCCAACUCUACUGACUCAACCUUAUUGCCCAAAGUGAACCAUCCGGCCCCAUUAGAGAAAUGCUCGGACUCAGCUCUCUUGCCAGAUCAACCCCAAUCUUCCCGGUUAUUUGUAGAGCCAAUUUCCUCCCCAAAGAUUUGUGAAUCACCAAGAAGCAAUCUGAUGUCCCCAAAGGAAUCCCAGUAUUUCUUAUGUGACCCAGAAUCUCUUCUAUCAUAUAAUCAACUCCAGUUGCCUUUGUCCCCUAAGACUACAAGUACACACUCACCAGCAAAAUACUUGGAACCAGCUCAAUCACAAAUAAGUGCUGUGGCUUCAGAAACCCUAUCAAAGUUAUCUCUAUUUGAUGCGACCCCUCCAGAUGAACACUCUACAUAUAGGUCAACUCAAACAUUUGAGGACGCUCCAGUUAUUAGGUCUGUUGAAACAGAGUCAACUCAGUCACAGGAUACAAAUUAUAUGCCAUCAUCAUCUCUCUUAAAAGUCACCCAAAAUAAUGUUCUUGCUGCUAAAAUGGAUGAAGAAGAGAGGUUAUCAGUAGACAGUGGCGAUGAUAUGUCCAGUGAUAGCCUGGGUCUGGAUCCACUUGAAGAAGAUACUUCAGAUGAAGAUUCACAGAUGCAAGGGCGUUUAAUGAGAGGGAGCUCCAGAGAAGAGAAUCCUGCCAUAUCUCAUCUAGAAGAUUCCUUUGUUCCUGCAGAGACAGAAACAACAAAAGAUUUGCAGACUGAUAAGUCAGAAGAGCUGCCAGAACUAUCCAUGGUAAUGCACAACCAGAGUGCUGGGUCUGGAUCAGAGCAGUUCUGUGAUCUGCAUGGGGUUUCGCCUCUAGGUUUGGAUAUGAUUGCCGGUCAACCAGAGACACCAGAACAUGCACACUGUGACCCACUUCGCACAUGCCAGUCUCUACUGCGUGAUUCAGACCCAACAGGGUUACAAAGUUAUGGGUUAAGCAGCAGCUUCAGAGCUUUAAAUGAGGAACACCUGGUUUUCGGUGUGAUGAAGGACAACCACAGGCAGCCAACUGGAAUUCAGAUUCACUCAUCCAGGACAGGAGAAGUAUCAGCAGAUGAACUGGGAACAUCUGUGGACUCAGAAUUCUCGCCAGUAUUUCGUCCAUUGUCCCAAGCAGCCAGAGAGAUCAUGGAGAUCUGUAAUGUGGACCAGAUGGGCUGUGAGGACCCUGACCUGGAGAUAGACACAACUGCACGUGCUCUGAGCAGUCUGGAGCAGGAGCUAAGACUCAUGGUCAAGAGCGCAGACCAAAAACCUUCAUCAGGCACUCCAGGUACUGGUACAGAACACAGUGGAAGUCAGGAUGAAUGCAGGAAUCCCUCUUCCAAACGAGGCGGGGUCACCGCUGAACAAGAAGAGGAGGAAGAAGAUGAGGAGGAGGUGAAGAGAGAUCGACAGAGUGUCCUCUUGCUACCCUGACGGACACAUGUGCGUGACAGUCAUGCAGGCGAAAUCCCACAGUGGAUGCAUUUUUAAAUUGUGUUCAUUACACUUAAAGGUUGGUGUAGACACCCUUAAACGCAUAAGUCUAAACUUUUCUGCAAU